UUAAAGAUAUCCUAAAGAACCAUGGUUGAUCUAUACAUGAUCUGCUUCACCCUAUUUCUCAUAUGCUACACUAUAAUCUCAAGAUUGCACAAAUCUUCAUCUCGAAACACAUUUCAUCUUCCACCGAUGCCCUUUAGGAUUCCCAUUAUCGGACAUCUCCAUCUCCUUACUUCGAUCCCUCAUCAGGAUCUUCAAAAGCUUUCCAUUCAACAUGGGCCAAUUUUUCGCCUUUUUCUAGGGUCGACACCUUGGGUUGUUGUUUCCUCACCAGAAGCAGCAAAAGAUAUCUUAAAAACAAACGAUAGUUUGUUUUUAGAUCGUCCUUAUAAUUCUGUUAUUGAUUACUUUACCUAUGGAAGCAAAGGCUUUGUCUUUGCUAAUCAUGGACCCUACUGGAAAUUCUUUAAGAAAAUUACAAUGUCAAAACUCCUCAGUUCUACAACACUAGACCAUCUCCUUCCAAUGAGACGCGAUGAAAUUACUUGUUUUAUAAAAUAUUUAUACAAAAAAUCAAAAGAUGGGAAGUCAGUGAAAGUUGAAGAGGACCUCAUGAAGUUGACAAGUAAUGUUAUAUCAAGAAUGUUUAUGAACAAGAGGUAUCCGUUAGAAGAUGACAAAUCAGGUGAUUUACCAAAGGUUAUUGGUGAAAUCGGUGAGAUUAUAGGUAAGUUUAACUUUUCGGAUCAUAUAUGGUUCUGUAAGCAUCUAGACUUGCAAGGAUAUGGAAAAGCUUCAAAGGAUAUUAAGAGAAGAUUCGAUAUCCUGGUCGAUAGGAUAUUGAAGGAGCAUGAAGACGCACGCCAGAAUAAAAAGGACAACAAUGGAGAAAUGAAAGACAUGCUCAACAUUUUACUAGAUAUCUCAGAAGAUGACACCAUGGAAGUUAAGUUGAGCAGAGAGAACAUUAGAGUCUACAUUAUGGAUAUACUUUCGGCAGGAAUAGAUACUACAGCCCUAACAAUAGAAUGGGCUUUGGCAGAACUCAUUAACCAUCCAAACAUAAUAAAAAAGGCAGUAGAAGAAAUCGACCAAGUUGUUGGACAAAACAGACUUGUUCAAGAAUCGGACAUACCAAACCUUCCUUACCUCCAAUCAAUCGUUAAGGAAUCCCUAAGGUUGCACCCUACAUUACCAAUGAUUUUAAAAUCCUCGACACAAGAUUGCACCAUUGCAGGCUAUCAUAUUCCUGCAAAAACAAACAUUUUUAUCAACGUUUGGAGCAUUGGAAGAGAUGAAACCCACUGGGAAAGCCCACUUGAAUUCAGGCCAGAAAGAUUUGAAGAAACUCAGAUAGAUGUUAGAGGACGUCACUAUCAACUUCUACCGUUUGGGAGUGGGAGGAGGAUGUGUCCAGGUAUUUCACUAGGUUUGUUGAUGGUACAUACAAUUCUUGGUUCUAUGAUUCAGUGCUUUGAUUGGAGGGCCGAAAAAGAUGGAAAUCUCACUAAUACUGUUGAUAUGGAAGAAUGUCCUGGGAUAACAAUUCCUAGAGCUAACCCUUUGGUUUGUAUUCCCGUCGCUCGCCUUGAUCCCAUCCCAUUAUCCAACUAAUUUAUAUAUUUCAUAUAUACAUGAGUUAUGAACUACUCCAAACUAAAUAUUUCAUGAAACAUAUGUGUAACCUCGACUUUUACUAUCAUCCGACAGAUACUUUCG